AUGCCAAAUGGAUUCUUGAGUUCUCAGCGCCCUACUCGAUACCAGCCGAUCUAUUCAGGAGGGUACAAUGACCCUGCAUACUAUGGUUCGAGCGGAGAAGCCCUUUUAGCCCUCAAUCCCAGCGGGAAGGGCGCUUCCGUUGCUGCUGGUAACGAUCAGGAUCACGCGUAUGGAUAUCCACCAGCACAACAGCACGAGUUUAAACGGCCGACCGACACGAAGAAGAAGGCUCUAUACUUCUGUUUGUUAAUCUUGACAGUGCUUGUUUGUCUGGGAGCAUUGGGAGUGGUCCUUGCGCUACACUAUACAAAGAAGAAGUCGACAAAAACCUCGGAUUCAACUCAUUAG